AUGGUGGCACUCGUCAGUUUUACGAAGCAACUCCUUGUCGCUACCACCAAUGACCAUUCAAAGUUGGCUGUCGCUAAGGCUGUCUGUAGGCCACUGGUUAAUGUUUACGACUUGUCCGGCGCUUGCACAAAAUCCUCAAUCAAAAUGCCGGCCGUGUUCAAGGCGCCAAUGCGCAAUGAUGUGGUGAACUUUGUUCACGAUAGUCUAUUGAAGAAUUCACGCCAGCCUUACGCCGUCAGCGCUAAGGCUGGUCACCAGACAUCGGCGGAGUCGUGGGGCACUGGUCGAGCGGUUGCGCGUAUCCCGCGAGUGCGUGGUGGUGGUACGCACCGGUCAGGUCAGGGCGCAUUCGGCAACAUGUGUCGCGGUGGUCACAUGUAUGCCCCAACAAAAGUGUGGAGGCGUUGGCAUCGCCGCGUGAAUAUCCAACAAAGGCGUUUUGCCAUGUGCUCAGCCAUCGCCGCUACGGGUGUUCCUGCCCUAGUGAUGGCGCGUGGGCAUCGGGUAGAUCGUGUUCCGGAACUUCCACUCGUUGUUUCCGGAGAAGUGGAGAAGCUGAAGAAGACGAAGGAGGCAGUUAAGGUUCUGAAGAAACUCCGGGCGUGGUCUGAUAUCCAGAAAGUUUAUCAGUCCAAGCGGUAUCGUGCUGGAAAAGGCAAGAUGAGGAACCGCCGGCACGUAAUGAAACGCGGUCCGAUUGUCGUCUACAAGAAGGACGACGGUGUGACGCGUGCAUUCCGCAAUAUACCCGGCGUGACGUUGCUGAACGUCAAGUACUUGAAUAUUCUCAAGCUCGCUCCAGGUGGGCAUAUGGGAAGAUUCACCAUUUGGACUGAAGGUGCUUUCCGGUCCUUGGACAAAUUGUAUGGUACG